UAUCAUAUCCCGCAGGUACAAGGUUUGACAGCGCGAGCCUAGUGUAGGCCUAUAUGUACAAGUACAGUGCAUGUAUAUUGUAUGUAGUAUAAAUGCAUGUAAGGCUGUGGAUUGAGUGGAAGAUUUCCGAGGACUGCGAUUUCCGAUCAAGCUCAUUCUUCGGUUUUCUCCCGGUGUUCUGCAGGACUGCCUCUAAACUGUACUUGUGAGCUACUCAUGCUGGGCCAACACUGAAACAACUGGCUUCUUGAGUGAGCAAGCAACAAGAUACAUCACCUUCUGUUUGCCCUAACAAAGAGGUGCACCAUGAUUGCUUCUGAACUGUCAGCACACUGGAGCUGGAUCUAGUCAGGAGUAGAUACUUCUUUGGGAAAUUCAAGGAGGUCUACCCUUCAGCAGUUCUGUACACCUUGGAAAAAAGGAUACGUACUGUUCAGUGCUUGUUGCACAAUCCAAAGGUCUUCAGCUUGACGUUGCCACUUCCUUUGGUACAUGUACACCAAUCUCGAUUGAGAACAUUUUGAUAUCUACUUCUGCAUUUAUCAUGGCAGCAUCAGCGAGCUUCGGCCCGAGGGAAUUUUGUUCAUGCAGCCACUGUAUCCUGUUGGUUUCAGUAGUGUUGUGCCUAACAAGGACUGCCAGUGCAGGCUCUGACCUAGUACAAGCAGAACUAUGGAAACCAGUGUCGUUGGGGACCGGUCUGUCUGACGUAACAGCCACCGUGGGCAGGGUUUUCAAGUUUACGGUGCCGGAAGACGCGUUCAAGGGAGACAACUUAAGAUACCAGAUUACAGAAGCUGGAAGUGACAGUCUACCAUCCUGGCUUUUCUACAACACUGAAAUGCAAACACUACAAGGAAUCCCAUCAGAAGCCGAUCUUAAUCAGUACUACCUACAGGUCACCGCCAUCGGAAGAUCCUUCAAUUCCAGUAGGGCAGCCCACGUGACUGACAUCUUCUCCAUCUCGGUUUUGCCUGAGAGGAGGGCACUGUCCACAGCCGCUGUGCCCCUGAAGGAGGCCACCACCUCCAGUAAAGCUGGCUGCAGCAAUGACGAGGCGGAGAUAGAGGCCACGGUCCUCCUAGAUGCCAACUGGGACAAAAUGGGAGUGCAGGAACGUCUGAGAGUCGUGUCCAAGAUGUCGCAUCACUCCAGGCUGGGGAUGGAUGUCUUCCGGUUGCUGCCGGCUGGGAGCAAAAGCUUACUGGAAGGAUCUCUGAUGGUGGCUGGUCCCGGUAACAUCAAGCGUGAAAGGCAUCCGGGCGUGGCCCUCAGCUGGAGAAUAGGCUGCAGCAAGACGAACAGCGUGGACAAAUUCCCGGUGGUAACGGUCUUGGAGACUGCCUCCAAGGAUGGCUCCAUGGCAAGUGAACUGAAGCACGACAUUAUUGGCUGGCGUGUGACCAACGACAGGCCGGAUAGGCUGAAGCGUGUUAGGCGUCAGGUAAAACUCCUGGGGACACCCGUGCCCACACCAGUGCCCACAGUUACUCCACCCAAACCGACCACGCUCAGAGACACCACUGUUGUGCUGCCAUCGACCACGAUGACUGUCUCACGCACAUUUACUGUCGUGGAGCCCACGCCCUCGUUAAUGCCCACUAUGAGCCAGCCCAGCAUUAGUAUCAGGCCAACACUGACUGCAUCACCAUCCAAGUCAGCUUCACCUACUCCGAUGCUCACUUCCUCACCACAGCCCAAACCUACUCCCUCUCCACUUCCCACAGUUGUUCCUUCCUCUACACCGAUCAUAAAAACACGUACAUCCAUGCCGGAACCAACCCCAACCCUAACCAAAACCUCAACACCAACUGCUAGCCCUACUCCAGCCCCAACCUCAAGCCCAACCCCUACCCCAACUCCAACCAGAAUGAUGACAACAACUGCAGUCGUCAAAACCACAAUGUCCCCUACCCCUGCACCUACACCCUCAGUUACAAAACCUACCACCCCACAGCCCACAACUGUCAGACCUGUUGUCAACACUCCUCCAGAAAUCCACAGGCGUCUCAAGAGGGUGGAUGCCAUGCAAGGAAAGUUGUUGCGCUUCAAGAUCCCGAGAAAUACGUUCCGUGACGCAGAGGAUGGUGACACCAGGCAUUUGGACCUGAUGUUGCUGACUUUCGAUCAUGCUGAGCUGGACCCCAGGUUCUGGCUUAAAUUUGACAAGGAGACACAAACACUAACCGGUCUGCCACUCAAGGAGCAAGCUAAAAGGAAGAGGUACGAUUUGAUUCUGGUGGCUCAAGACAGCCAGGGACUUGAGGUGCAGAAUGCUUUUCAGGUGGUUGUAGCAGCAGCACCCAACCCGAUAGAUGACUCGAAUCCACCACCAGUGAAGAUGGGAAUGACGCUGGACAUCGACUAUGACACUUUUGUAAAUAGCCCCGAAAUGCAGCUCUUUGUCCUCAACAAGAUCGCCAAGGCGUUCGGGGAUCCCAACGCGGAUGCCAUCACCAUCACGGAAAUCAGGCGUGGCUCUGUGAUCAUCUCGUGGGUCAACAACACCCUCCCCACGGACUCCUGCAAUCAGGAGCUCAUCUUGGAGCUCCAGUCCAAGAUAAUGACAGAAGACGGGAAGCCCACACAGGCGCUGAUUGAUGCUUUCCUGCCCGAGUUCAACAUCACCGAAGUGGAAUCCUUGCCACUGGGUGCGUGCGUCACUACUAGCCCAGCACCACCGACGACAGCCACGUCGGAUCCUGGUGCCGGAGGCCAAGACCCACCGCAAGAUAUGUGGAUAAGCACGGUCCUGCCCGCCGUAGUGAUAGCUGUCAUCCUCCUCAUCGCGGGCAUCAUCAUCUUCAUCCUCUACCGCAAGAGCCGCAAGGGCAAGCUCUCUGACGAGGACCAGAAUACCUUCAUCAACAAGGGCAUCCCCAUCAUAUUUGCCGACGAGAUUGACGAUGGGGAGAAGCCGCCCUCUUCCUCCUCUCCGCUCAUCAUGAAGACCGAGAAGCCACCGCUGUCACCCCCCGAGUACACCGAGACCCAGCAGCCGCUGAUAACCAACAAUGAACAGCGCGGGGGAGGGGACGAGGAGGACAAGCACAGCCUGCCGAUGGUUGACAUGUCGGGCACUCCUUCCUAUCAGCCCCCACCUCCGCUCUCUCCUUCUCCACCGGAAAAUAGGAACAAUACCCCCUCCCGAGACAUAGCCAGCUAUAGGAAGCCACCAGCCUAUGUCCACAUUCAGCCUUAGCCUUGUACAUCGACACGGCGUAGUUUCUCUUGUCAACUUGUGAAAGGACAGUGACUUUUAUUAAAAACAUCUCUUUAUUUAAAAGUGUAAGGAGUUUCCUGCCUGUCAUGAAGGCAGUUUGUAUGAUUUCAAGUUACAGUUUAGGUGUUUUGAAUCGAAAGUGAGGAAUCGUCUUGAGGGACUAUACAUGUACGUCGGUAGUUCCUAGUGAAGGCUGCAGUUUUGCAUAUUGCAAGUUGUACAAUAUGUAGAAACAAUGCAUCCCACCUUAAAUUAUCGUAACGGCUUCUUUUGCUACAUUAUAUGUAUAAAAGUAUUUAUUAAAGGCAUUCUUUCCUUUAAGUUCAUUUACUCAUAAUGUAUUAGUUUGUAAUCAAUAGAUGCGAUCCAUCUUCAAGGUUCACAGAUUUUUUUUUUUUUCAAAAAACGAACAAACUAACCAACCUACAUAAUUUUUAAAAACACUGUCCAAGACCAAUAUGGUUUACUUGAGGGAAAACUGUGAUUUUGGUAAUUGGUUGUUUUACAGUUUCAUACACAUGUAGGCAUAUGGAUCAAAUGAGGAAGUCACAAGUGGGAACUUGAUUAAUUCAAGAUGUGCUUAUUGGUAGUGCGCAGAACGUGUAGCGUAAAUAGAAAAGAUGUGCCUUGUCUUUCUUUUUGGUAGUGAUGUAGAAGUAAUGGAUCAACUACAGUCAAUUUCUCUAAUUGUAGGAUUUUUAUGGCAUGUUUCCAAGAACAGCUUUGGGGCCAAAAUGUAAUGAAGCAAGAGUGUGACAUUAAGGGGCACCAUGGUAGAUUGUAUCAGGUUGUUAAUGCAAACUCCGAAAAACUUGAUCUGUAACUUGUGGGAUUUGUUUUUUGAAGAAUUUUUUUUUUUAUCUUUAUGUAAAAGGAAACAAAAAGAUGUAAAUUCGGCAGUCAACAGUGCCCUUUAUAUUUUUGAAGAUGUUUUUUAAACUAUAUGUUGAUGGACUUAUUUUAGAAUGAGCUUCGAAAAAAAUGCAUGUUUGGUAUAGCGAUAAUAUUUGGCAAGGUGACCCUGACCUACUCAUGUGGUGAGUGCUUGGUUAUAAAAAUGUUGUAGUUAAAUGCAUUGGCUGCUUGUCAGCAGUAUUGCAGAAAAAGUGGAGAAAGUUUUUGCAUCUCCCAUGUUCAUAGAAGUUUCAAUGCUGUUAAAAUGCUCAAAAGUUUCACCCUUCCACCCUCCCUUUUUUCUAUGGAAAUAAGGUUCAGUCCAAGUACAGGUGUGUAUCUGUGUUAGUACCAACCUCAGAAGAGGUAGGCAUGCAAAGCAUCGUAAGGAGUUUAUGAGAUUCUUUUUUCCUCAAUUUAAUGUUGUGGCAGUUACAAUACUACAACUGAAGUUUACCUGACUGGUAUUCACCCCCAAAUUAUACCCGGAACCCUGUUGUGUAGAAGUGACUUAAAAACACUUUAGCACUCUGCACUGAGAGAUCAUGUAACGGCUUCACAAUAUAAACAGAUUUUUGCUCUGUGGGAGCAUUGUUUGAAAAUAUUUGAGGUGCUGUGUUGUGGGUUGUGGGAAUUGAUAGGGAAAUGUUUGUUCUGAGAGUGGACUCCAUGUGGAAACAAAAACUUUCAAAACUUUGAUAAAACCAGUCAAUGAUUCAACUUCAUUUCUUUGAAGUAAUGAAGCAGUUAGUCAAGUGGACUUUUGUUCUUUGUUUUGCUUUUUCUAUGCAAUAGACCUUAUUUAUGUGUUUGCCAUUUAGAAAGUGAAGUUAACUUCUCAUUUUGGGAACCGUAGAGUAAAAAUAAUAGCAAUAAAAUAAGUCUAUUACAGAUUCAUGCCAUUUCGUGGUUAGAAUAAUUUACAAUUUGUGAUAAACUAAAUCUAAAUGUUUGAAGCCACAUUAAAAAAAAAGCAAGUGAGGCUUCAAACGCCAAAUGGUCAGGCACCACCCCAUUUAACAUAUUACAUUGAGUAUGAUAGAUUCAGGGAACAAGAUCAAAAAUGGCUUCUGCGUAAAUGAGGUCUAUUGCUUAGCCGAGUGAGAGGUUUGCACAGUCGGCUAGUAAAGCUGUGUUGUAUCGGCAUAGGCUUCACCAUGCAUUGGGGUAUCGCACUUGAUUGGUUUAACCCAGGGUUAAUCCAAUUGGCAGGGUAGGAUCAUGCAAUAUUAUAAACCCAUUUAUGCAAUUACUGUGAGGUUUAAGCUGCCUUGGACUUUCAAAGAAAAACUUCCCGGGUAGAAAUUGUUUUCCCACAAUUGCAGUUACUACUAAUGUUGUUAGAAUGCAUUACAGGAAAAAACGUUAUUCUGUACUCAGUUGAAGAUGUUUGUAAGGCUUUUUGAGUGUAUGUGUUGAAAACUAUAUGAGAUUUCCUUCUUCAGUUGUGAACUGGCAGGCUUGUCCAUACAGUUCAUUCACUUGUAAGCAGUUUCCUAAAAUUGCAUUUUUUUAAAUCCUAAAAGGUGUUUUUCAAAUAUUUUAGAAACUUUAUUCGCAUUUUUGAAAUAACGUAAAAAUCCCUCCUGAGCCAUUAACACAGCUCUACAAAAAUCUACCAUUGAGCUUAUUUUUUGUAUGUAAACUGCUAGUGUGUAUGGCAUAUACAUUUUUAAAUUUGUAAUAUUGUGAAGUGUUUUUUUUUGGGGGGAGGGUUUUGUUUGGGUCUUUAUGGGUGAAUGCUGAAAAUUAUUCAUCUGCUGUUCAAGUGUAGCAUUCAUUUCCAGGGGGUGCGACAACACAUCUGAUAAUGUGUGUGUUACUCUGGAACUCUAAUGGCAAAGAGCAUUCGUGUACAUUUUAAAUGUAUUGUUACCUCUCGUAUAUACCCAAUAUUUUAACCACAAGCUCCUGAGCUCUUGAGAUAAGCCUCUGGUGUAUUUGGUGCUUAUUUAUAUAUUAGUUGAUUUUUUUCCCUUGUAUCUACAAGACUACAUGUACAUGUAUAUUACCCUGUUUCAUUUUAAUGUCAUUUUUUAUUCAUUUAAAAUUGUGUUUUUCUCCUGUGUCAUUUUUAUUAGCUUUUUCCUCAAAAAUCUCAUGUAAUAUAUGAUAUGCAAUUUAUUGUGACUUUUAAGAUGUUUGUGUUAUCUACAUUAGAGGGAAAUUGCCUGUUGCAGGUAUAAUGUGCAUUUUUGUGGUAAGUACUCCGUGCCAGGUAAAUGCAAGGAAACAUUUUGGGGGGGAGAGUAUUUGGUUUAAUAGAGAAUGUCGCACUGGGGUUUUUGCCUCGCACCACCCUACAGAGUAACCUGUCUUUCAUGGCGAUGUGCACAAUUUGAUUGGAACCCCCCCAUUUGUAAUAUCCUUUUCAAAAUCAAAUCAUGGCAGUGUAUGGAAGAGAAGAAAUUUUGUGUGGAGAACUGUGCCCGAAGAUCUUUGCUUGGUGGUGUUUGCAUGAAAUGCUACUUGAAAAUUGUAGCAUCAUCUUUGCCCAAUGGAGGCAGUAGCAUUUUGUAAGAAAUAUUGCACAAGAAGUUCUGGCAUUAGAUUCCUUUUUCACCAGAAAGGCUUCAGCUGGAUGUAGUGGCUGUGACUAUGACUGUGGCUGGUAAUGUGCUCAUAGAAGCCAUUAACUAGUGGCUUAUCAACUUCCCAUAGUCAUGAGUUUUACCAUCUGAAAAGUCACUGCUGAAAAGAGACUAAAUACUGAAUAGGUUUCAAUUUGGGAGCCUCUUGCACAAAACUUUCCCCCAACUUGAACCAUAUCUUAAAUUCUUUCUACUUGCACAUACCAGGCUUUUCUGAGAAUGAACAUGCUAAAAAUUUCUUAUCCAAGUGUUAUAAAUGCUGAGCAUAGUGAUAUAGUCCGAACAUUUCCUGCAAGUAAUGUGAUUGAGGCACACGCUUCAGGUUGGUCUGGUUGUCACUGUGCAAAGUAGGGCUCAAUAAAUCAACUAAUAUUUUGAUUUUUGUGGGAAUCACAAGAUUCCAGUGUCAACCGUCUUACAAAGUUUGUACCACUUCGUACUGCAGAUGUGUCAAAUAGUGAUUUUUUUUUUGUCUUUUGGGAGUUGAAUUUUCCGAAAGAUUGCAGGCUGUUACUUGUUUGAAUUGCCACUGUGUCAAAUAUGGUUGUUGCAAGAUAUUCAUUUAGGGAGAACAUUUUGUAAAAACAAAAAUAAUAACAAUGAUAACCACUGUUGUCUGUUAAUUGUCUGUCAUUGUAGCAGAAAAUGUAGGACACUCAUUUAUGAAAAAGUAGUUAUUGGAUGGGCAAUAGUCGUACACUUUGACAGCGAAUAACAAUAAUGCAAGGUGCUCGAUCUUUUAAAUCAUUAAAUAAAUCGUGUCAGUUUGUUUUAGCUUGUCUAGAUUUAUGAAAAUGUACCCAUGCAAGCACAGUCUGUGACUUGAGAGACACCGUUUAAGAUUUAAAUGGCUACAAAUUAUGAUAUUAAAUUGCUUGCUUAAUUUUGUAUUAUGUGGUCUAGUAUUUGAAAAUCUGCUUUAGAAGUGAGACAAAACUGUUGAUGAAUCGAGGCAGGAACAAAACCACAGAAGCUUUUUUAAAGGUUCAAAGGGGAGACAUCUUUGAAUGACUUUGUACUUCAUAACUAUUAUCGCGUCUGUUUCAUACAUUGUCAAUUUACGUGGUAUUGUAUAUGUCAGACAUUUUAACCGUCUUCUCUGUACACGUAAGCUGAAAAAUACUACCAGUGAUUGAAUUUCUUUUGUGAAUAUACCUUGAUAGCUAUAACGUAGUAUGAAAAAGUACAGACAAAAUGCUUCUGGAGUUGUAAUGUGUAUCUCCGUACUUGCCUACAAGUUUGUAACAAUGCUAGCAGUGAACCAGUAUGUUAAUAAUAAACAUUUCUUUUGUGAAAGACA